AUGAAACCUUACAAGUUCAUUCUUCUUUUCUUACUGCAAACUGUUAAAUGUCGGAUGCUUGAGUGUGCUGAUUCGAUCUACAGUUCAUCGGCGAAACAUAAGAAUUCGAAAGAAUGGACUGUUGUGAUGGGUUCAAUGUGCUACACGGCCUAUGCUGGUGUCGGCGAUCGGACAUAUCUUGGAGGGGUGAUUGGGAUGAAAUGGUGGACACCGAGGUGUUUCUGGGAUCAAAUCGAACAACAGGUCACUGUGAUGUGUCUAUGCGAUGACUCUCCAACACGUAACCUCAACUCGCCCAAUUGGACAGCCAGUGAAACAUGGGUGAAAUUCGGGAAUGUGACGUUGCCGUUGAAGACGAGAUACGUUCGAACUCGGUGCAAUUUGUAUACGUUUAAACAAGGUUACAACGAUCAAUGGCCGACAGUUGUGGGGAAUAAAAUGAAGAAGACGAAUGGGACGAUUUGUGUGAUCAAUGGGACAGUGAUGAGAUCUGGAAACAUUUCCACUUGGACAGAAGCUACUUGGACUGGAAGAACGGGGGAUAAUUGGUCGAAUCUCUAUCAACUCGAUGACAUUAUUUUCAAUGGAGGAAUACCCGCAUACAAUGGUGGAAUCUACGGCUAUCAGUUCAAAAAAGAAAAAAUUGAUCUCCACAUGACAUGUGAUUGGCUCGAUUUCCUCAACGAGACGUCUGUUUUUUGUUUUCUUAAGAGCUCAAACAGUACAAUCGGAAUUUGUGAAGCCCAGGCGUGUCUACUUGUUUUUGAUGUGAAUCACAACACUUUCAAAAGCGGCUGUCUCUGGCAAGACUGGCAGUAUGCAGAGGGACGAAUUGAGAGAGGUGGCUACGUAUUUUCCCCAAAUUAUAUUGUUUAUGUUUGUGCCGAGGACUACUGUAAUGCGAAUUGGGACACUAUUUCCGAGUCAAUUGAUCGCUGCUCCCCAAACUACCCACCUUUCCAUCCAUACGGACCAAGCUUGGUCCAUCCGAAAAGCAUCUCGAAAAGUGGAUUCAAACAAAACCUAACUGAAACCUAUUCGAUGACCUGUGACUUGGGUGGAUUUUCAUCGACAACCCAGGAUUCAUCCAAUCAAUCGAGUGACUUCAUUCCGGCACCGAAUGCAAUUUGUCACUCAUGGAACGAAUGUCUUACGGAUGGAACCGGGCUUUUCCUAGAGAAAUAUCACAAAGUGAUCGCUGAAUGGGAUUUGUGGACGGCUUUAUUGUUGAACAUUCCAAGUUCUAUCGGACUUCUGUCAUCAGCAGCCUCAUUUCCUUUUCUCUUCAAGAAUCGAUCGCAGUUCUCGAUUAAAAACUAUCUAUGUUGCAUCGUUUUUCUCAGAAUGUUCAUCUUUCUGCAUCCAGUUUACACAAGUGUUUGCGAUUUCACUUGGUGGUGCACAAAAGAGGGCACACCCUUCAUCACAAAUCAAGUCACAACAAAUCUCCAUCUCGGUAUCACUGCUUCGCUGCUUUUACUCCAUCUCGGUCUACUAAUCGAUUGUGGUCUCCAUUUUCAAUUUGGUGCUUUUUAUGGAAACGAGGCUAAAAAAUUCUCGAGAUUCUUCCUGCCGAUCGUUGUCCUUUUCCCAUCAAUCCCAUUUCUGUUAUCUGUUGAGUACACAAUGAAUCCGGAUGGUCUUCCCCAAGCUGGCUAUCGAUAUGAUCCAUUUUGGAGAAUAGAAAGUAUUUCUUCGCAGAAAUCCGGCGACUUCUGGAAUGGUCUCAUGAUCGAGACAAGGGCAAUCUAUGCCAGGCUCUCACCUUUCAUUUUUCUCGCAAAUUUGGUUCUUUUCUACAACUCUCGUCAACACGAGAGUUCUGCUGAAAAAGGCGGCGAAUCAGCCAGUACCCUGCACUUUGUGAUGCUAAUCACCUCGAUGUUGGACACAUUUCAACGUGGCUGUGCGCUGAUCUUGAACAUUUUAAUGUCCAACUUGCACACACUUGACUUCAUCGUCAACACUUUGUUGCCCAUUUACUCUAAUGCAAUAGUGGCGAUGCUGCUUUUGGUGUGCCUAAUUCGAUCAAACAUCUGCCAAUCAAGAGAU